CCUCUUCCUCAGCAGAUAAUCAGCACCAUGGAAACCCAGGUGUCCAACGGUCCAAGCGGAACCAGUCUGCCAAACGGUCCUGUCAUCAGCACCAACGGCUCAACAGACGACAGCAAAACCAACCUGAUCGUCAACUAUCUGCCUCAGAACAUGACCCAAGAAGAGUUUAAAAGUUUGUUUGGUAGCAUUGGAGAGAUUGAGUCCUGCAAGCUAGUCAGAGACAAGAUAACAGGUCAGAGUUUGGGAUAUGGCUUUGUAAACUAUGUGGAUCCAAAUGAUGCAGAUAAGGCCAUCAACACACUCAAUGGUCUCAAACUGCAAACUAAAACAAUCAAGGUAUCAUAUGCCCGGCCAAGCUCAGCUUCUAUUCGUGAUGCCAACCUCUAUGUGAGUGGACUCCCCAAGACGAUGAGCCAGAAGGACAUGGAACAGCUCUUCUCCCAAUACGGUCGCAUCAUCACGUCCCGUAUCCUAGUGGACCAAGUUACAGGCAUAUCACGAGGAGUGGGCUUCAUCCGGUUUGACAAGCGAAAUGAAGCAGAGGAGGCCAUCAAAGGUCUGAACGGACAAAAGCCUUUGGGUGCCGCCGAGCCCAUCACUGUCAAGUUCGCCAACAAUCCCAGCCAGAAGACAGGCCAGGCCUUACUGACUCAGCUGUACCAGACUGCUGCCCGCCGCUACACAGGGCCCCUGCACCACCAGACUCAGCGUUUCAGACUCGACAAUUUACUAAACGCCAGCUACGGAGUCAAGAGCUCUCCCACUCUCUUCCCCAGAUUCUCACCGAUCACCAUUGACAGCAUGACAAGCCUGGCUGGGGUCAACCUUACUGGUCCAACUGGAGCCGGCUGGUGCAUCUUUGUCUACAACCUGUCCCCUGAGGCGGACGAGAGUGUCCUGUGGCAGCUCUUUGGGCCUUUCGGUGCUGUCACCAACGUCAAGGUCAUCCGUGACUUCACCACCAACAAAUGUAAGGGCUUUGGCUUUGUCACCAUGACCAACUACGAUGAAGCCGCCAUGGCUAUCGCUAGCCUCAAUGGCUACCGCCUGGGUGACCGCGUGCUGCAGGUUUCCUUCAAGACCAGCAAGCAGCACAAAGCCUGA